AUGACCGCCGAUCUCUCCGUGUUCGACAACGUCGGCCUCGUCGCCGCCAUCAUCGCCGUCUUCGUCGCGCAGUUCCUCAAGCCGUUCGCGGAGUGGGCGCGCACGAGACGCGCGCGCCCGUCGCUCGCGCUCGCGUCCGGUGGAUUCCCGUCGUCGCACAGCGCCCUCGUCGCCGCGCUCGCCGCGGGGACGGGGUGCCAGGUCGGCCUCGCCGACCCGGGGUUCGGCUGCGCGGUCGUCCUCGCGCUCGUGGUGAUGUACGACGCGAUGGGGGUGAGGAGGCAGGCGGGGCGGCACGCGGCCGCGAUCAACUCGCUCGUCAGCGGGCUGCCGUCGGAUUUCGCGCGCGCGAUUCAGGAGAAGCCGCUCAGGGAGCACAUCGGGCACACGCCCGUGCAGGUGCUCGCGGGGAUGGGGUUGGGCGUCUUCAUCGGCGUCGCGUGUGGGAAGUUCGUAGGGUGGUAG